CGGUUGCCGUCAGAUUUGUCCCCCUAAUGUUGCGGUCUUCACGCUGCUCUGAACAGGUGCUGAACUCUCCUCUACAGGCGCUGGAAUAUCAUGGCUUUUCAAUGUCAGAGAGACAGUUACAUGAAACAAUUUGUGACUGCAGUUGUGUCCUGCUCUCCUGCUGAGCUUAAGUUGGAGAAUAAUGGGAAAAAAGAGAAAGUGAAAGGUUUCAAUGUGCUAUUGAAGGACACUAUUCUCUUCCCUGAGGGAGGAGGGCAGCCCGAUGACCACGGUACGAUUGAGAAUGUUCCAGUCCUGCGAGUCACGAGGCAGGGACCCGAGGCAGUGCACUUUAUCAGCUCACCUGUAGAGGAAGGGCAGGAGGUCCAGCUUAAGUUGGACUGGGAGCGGAGGUUUGACCACAUGCAGCAGCAUUCAGGACAGCAUCUGAUAACUGCUUUGGCAGACACAAUGUUUGGAUAUAAAACUACUUCAUGGGAAUUGGGACGGCAGCGCAGCAGUAUUGAACUGGACACAGCCGCAGUGAAGGCAGGAGAGAUGGAGGCCUUGGAGGCUGCAGUCAAUGAGAAGAUCCGUGAGCAUGUUCCAGUCAACGUGCAGCUCCUUUCACUGGAUGACCCGGCUGUGGAGAAGGUCAGAAGUAGAGGUCUCCCAGAUGACCAUGCUGGACCUAUCAGGAUUAUCGACAUUGAGGGCGUUGAUGCCAACAUGUGCUGUGGAACCCAUGUGUCCAAUCUCAGUCAUCUACAGGUGAUUAAGAUUCUUGGGACAGAGAAAGGGAAGAAGAAUAAGACCAAUUUAAUUUUCAUUGCUGGAAACCGAGUACUGAAAUACGCAGAGAAGAGCUACAGUACUGAAAGGUCUCUAACAGCCCUGCUCAAGACAGGGCCUGAUGAGCAUGCUGAUGCAGUGGAUAAACUGCAGAAAACGGUGAAGCGUCUUCAGAAGAGUAAUCUCACUCUCCUGCGAGACAUGGCUGUUCUCAUAGCACAGAACUUCAAGAACCAACCAGACAGAGGAAACUUCUUCAGCCUGCACAACAAAGAUGGUGACAACGAGUUCAUGAAUAUCAUUGCCAAUGAGAUCGGCUUUCAGGACACAGUGAUAUUUCUGACUGUUGGAGAAGAGAAAGGAGCCGGACUCUUUUUACUUGCAGGCCCAGAAAAUGUGAUUACUCAGCUGGCACCACGUGUGUCGGAGCUGCUACAAGGAAAAGGUGCAGCAAAGAACGGGCGAUUCCAGGGUAAAGCUAACAGUCUGAGUAAGAGGGCAGAGGUUGAGACUUUACUGCAGGAGCAUCUUCCUCACCACAGCGCUGGAGAGGAAUGAGCGAGCCUCGUCUUCAGCCAGUGCAGACUGACACAUGCAGCUGCUUUAUAUGAGGAGGAAAGCUGUAGCUCUAAACCAAGGGAAGUGUAGUCCAUCCGAAUAAAACAUUGGACUAAUUUAUAAUUAAUCAUUUAAUAAUGUACUAAUAAUUUAGUACAUUGCUGAGUAUAGUAUUUUUGAUUUAUUUGAAAGAGAUCAAACUAUUUGUAAUGUUAGUAAAUGUAAAUAAAAUAAAGGUAGCAUCAUUAACUUCCAUAUACAGUACCGUUAGUACAGUACAGUUGUAGAACUCCUAUUGUUUUGUUGUCUAGUAGCAGUGCUGUAUUGUGGAGCCUGGAAGGGGCUGUGGAAAAAAAUUAAAAAUAAAUCUAGCUCACAUUUUCUUUAAUUUGAGUGGACAAUUUGCAAUUCGAGCUCAUGAUUUCUUUAAUUUGAGCAAGCAAUUUCUUUAAUUUGAGCAAACAAUUUCUUUAUUUUCAGGAAACGAUUUUUUAUGCAAACUACGACAAAAAGCUUGAAGGGAAAGUAGCAUUUUCCGCUUUUGGUCUGUUACAGGGCUGCUGUGAUUAUCAUCAGUUAUCUACAUUGUGGUAGUGGCGUUGCUAUCAGUAGCCGGUCCUUUGGCUCCCGCUGCUGCAAGACGCCUCCCGUGUGGGGAGAGCGCAUACAGUCCGCAGACUGCCACCAAAGGAACAUAAAUACAGUCGUUUUCCAGUCAUGGAUAAAGGAAAUAUACAUUUUACUAAUGCAGGAUGACUGUCUCUGUGUUAUAUAAACUAUACCAAAUCAAAUAUAUCUAACUGAUGAUAAUCACAGCAGCCCUAUAACAGAUUAAAACAGGAAAAUGUUCCUUUCCGCAGAAAAAAAUUGUUUGCUCAAUUUAAUUUUUUUUUUAUUCACAGCCCCUCCUGGACUCCGUACUGUAUGACUCAGACAAGCUGUUUUUUUUAUUUUCUCACAUGGGUCAGUCAGUCCAGAAACACAAUUUUAUUAUUAUUCUUUUUUAACAGUUAUUUUUUCCCUCAAAACUCUGACAGCUUACUGCUAACCUUUGUGCCAUUUACAUUAUCUGGAUGUUGUACUAUUUCAGAAUAUCCACUUGACCUGAAAAGCUUAAAUGGCAAAAAAUAGAAAAACCUGGGGGUGUUCUAAAAAACCUUUUAACCAGUGUUAUACUAACUUGAACUUAAACACAGGUUCAUCUCUGCUGAUGUGUAAAUGACUUACGGAAUUCUGUAAUUGUUUUACAAGUGAAUUACAAACUUCCAUUGCCGGAGUUUACAAUUGUGUCCAGUUUAAUAAAGUUCACAAAAGACAUGAAAAGAUUUUGUUCUAAACAGUAAUUUAGAGCAUUUUAAAAACAUAAUUAUAUUUAAUUUAAAUAAUUAUAUUAUAAUAUUUAAAAAUGUUCAUUCUCAUAAUUUACUUAUUUAUUUUGACAAAAAUGACAAAAUGUGCUGUUAUUGUCUGACUUUUAAAAACUGCUAUCCAAAUCAUUUAGCACAUUUUUGCAUAUCGUUGCUGUCCUAUGAAAAACACUUAUAUCCAUUUUUGUUGAUUUUUUUCAGUUCACUACAUAAUUAUAAAAAACAGACAAGCUGUCCCUCACACUGUGCUAAAAUUUCUUGAUAAACUGGCCAGCGACGAUAUACUAGUGCAUCUCAAAAAAUUAGAAUAUCAUUGAAAAGUUACUUUAUGUCAGUAAUUCAGUUAAAAAUGUAAAAUUCAUAUUAUAUAGACAUAUUACUGACUUUAGGCUUGAUAAUAGAACACAGUGGAUCAACACCAGCAGAUGACAUGUCUCUCCAAACCAUCACUGAUAGGUGGAAACUUCACACUAGACCUCGAGCAGUUUGGACUGUGUGUCUCUCCACUCUUCCUCCAGACUCUGAUCCCUUCAUUUACAAAUGAAAUGUAAAAUUUACUGGAGAGACAUGUCUGUCAUCUGCUGGUGUUGAUCCACUGUGUUUUAUUAUCAAGUCUAAAGUCAGUGCAGUUUUGUUUUCCCGCAAAAUCUCACAGCACUUCAUGCUUCUCUCUGCUACUGACAACUUUUAUGAAGAUGCAGAUUUCAUUUUCCAGCAGGACUUGGCACACUGCCCACAGUACUGCCAAAAGUACCAAUUGGUCUUAUAUAAUAUUCAAAUUUUCUGAGAUACUGAUGUUUGGGUUUUCAUUGGCUGUAAGCAAUAAUCAUCAACAAUAAAUGCUUAAAAUCCCUCUAAAAAAUUCCAUCUGAAAGCUUAAGGAGUGGAAAAUGUGUGUAAUAUUUUCAAUGAUUUAGAUACUAGGAUUUAAAAUAAUUCGGUUGAAGUUUAAGCAUCAGCUUAAGCUAGAUCUAGAUCAAACAGAAUUAUAUUUUAAUAACAGUGUUAAAUUAACUGUAACCAGGAGUAAAUAUACAAACACUUUGAAAGUGUGCAAAUAGUCACAUAUAGAGUUCAUUCAUAUGAACCAGGUGUGCAUUCAGCAGAUAAAGAGAACACACACACACACUGCUCCUCUCACUUGAGAGAACCAGAAACAGAUACUGAUCUGCAGCACCACCUUGUGGGAGAACAGUUAACACUGUAAACCCUAAUAAUUUAAGUCUACUCAAAUCAUUUGAGGUAAUUUGUUGCAUCAAAUGAAUUACGUUUUUAAAACUCAGUUGUUUUAAUAAAUUAAUAAUACUGUAUUGCAAUACUAAGUUGAACAAACAUUCCUCUUUAAGUUCAACAGAUAAACCACAAGUACUUUACGCUCAAAAUGUGGUGCUCCUGAAACUUCACUUUUUAAGUUAAAAAAUAAUAUUGCACAAGCGGUCUAUCUUACCUUACAUUUAUUGCAAUGAUUACGUUAAGUUGUUUUUUUACUCAAUAUAUGCAUAUUGUAGUUGUUUUUAUAGCCAAAAAACUCUAAAUUAAUGGGGCAUGACUAAUAAAAAUCCAAAUAAACAAUGACACCAAAGUUAAACUAACAUAGACUCUUGAUUUCCAAAUGAAGUGUAAAAUUUACGGAUGAUCAGUGAUGGUUUGGAGAGUCAUGUCAUCUGCUGGUGUUGGUCCACUGUGUUUUACCAAGUCUAAAGUCAGUGCAGUGUUUUCCUGCACAGCACUUCAUGCUGAAUUGUGGGUUUUCAUUGGCUGUAAGCAAUAAUUAUCAACAAUAAAAUACAUUAAAGGAAUGCAGAAGAUAAAAUAAGCUUACACUAGUAUUCUUUAUUAUAUUUAAUGCAUUCUAAAUGUGUUGCACAGUAUUGCCCCCAAAAAUCCGAACACGGUCAAAUCUUCCUCAGAAUGACUCUGUAUUUGGUUACAUUGGAGAUUACCACGCUGUUACUGAUUUCCAUGGAAAAUUCAACCUCUUAAAUAAUCAUUUACAUCUCCAGGAAUUAUUCCUUUGAGAUGAACUUUCACUUAAAAACAGUGAACCAAUGGAGUGAAGUCUCAUGCCCUGAAAAGUACCUGCUGUUCUGCUGUUAUCAGAUUAUUAAAUUAAGUUUAUUUGUUUUUUAUGAUUCAUUUAUGUAAACAUCUAAUCUAUUUACAUCUAAUGUAUUUACUGGAUAAUAAAGUAUACAGUACCAGUCAAAAGUUUGGACACACCUCUGCUCAUUCAGUGUGAUUUUUUACAUUGUGAGUUUAGUACUGAAGACUAUAUUAAAGCUGAACAGCAACACAUGCAGAAUUAUUUAGCAAAAUGUUGUUGAACAAACGAGAAUAUGUUUUAUACUUUAGAUUCUUCUAGGUAAGCAGCACAUUUAUCUUUAAGGACAGAUCUGCACACUCUUGGUUUUAAUUUUAAUCUCAGUCUCUUUAUGAGGGAGUGUCACCUGGAAUAGUUUUUUCAGCAUUUUGAAGGAAGGAGUUCCUGGAGGUGCUGAACAAUAGUUGCUGCUUUUCUUUCCUUCAUGCUGUGAAGCUCCAGCUCAUCCCAAUGAAAUCACCUCAAAUCACCAUCUCAGUUUAUCAGGGUUUUUUUUUUACUGUUUACCACAUAAUUUCAUAUGAGUCCCUUAAUUGUUUACUUGUCUUUAAUAUUAAUCCACAAUGUAGACAAUAAAUUAAAUAAAGAAAUAAAUAAAAACACUUUUUGACUGGUACUGUAUGUAAAAUGCAUUUAUAAAGUUACUGAUAAAAUCAGAUUUUUUAUCAUUAUUGCAUUAUUAAUUUCAUAUAAAUACAGUCAGUAUUUUAUUAUUAUUUGUAUUAUGUACUUUUUGUACUCAUUGCACUUCAUGAAGAGCUGAUAGAUGGAUGAUAGAUGACAAGAAAACUUUAUUCAUAUUUUCAGUGUUUUAUUAUUACAAAUGGGUCAAAAAUAGACAUUUUUACAGCAAUAACAUACACAGACAAAAGACAAAAAAAAACAAUGGUACAUAAGAGAUGAGGGCAGCAUUUUCUUUCUUUUUUUUAUUAUUUUUUUUCUUUUAAUUUAUUUUUGCUGAAAAUACUGUUUCUCACCUUUUUUAACUAAAACUUUCUUAACUAAAUAUAUCUAUCAGUCCGCAAAAACGAACCUCCUCUAAAAUAAAAACAUUUGUAUACUUGGGCUCGACGCCAAGCCUAUUCUCAGCACACGGUCUAAGGGCACUAAGACAUAAGUUAUGAGAUUAAAUAAAACAGUCAUCUAAACACAAUAUUUCAUUGUCCUGAGCAAUAAACGACUUUUUUUUUUUUUUA